CCGCACAAUCUAUUCAUCCAGGCGAGAGCUCCAAGUCUACAUGAAGACUUGUACAACAAUCGGGAAUCACCAUCACCGACGAAUACUUUCCGACUUCUUCUAAUCCUUUGACAUCGGAAUCUACUCGUAUUGAGAAAACUACCCAUGCCAUUUUACUGAAAAUAUGCUCCGAAUGCGCUCUGGUAUAUAGUAUGAGAGCAGUGCUUCCUGGAAAGGCACAGGCCAAGCUUCAAGCUGUCUGUACUGGUUAUUGGGCCAACAGGAGGCUCAUAGUGAGUCUGAAUCAAAUCGCAGACAGUCUGCAUUAUAUUCUUUUUUACCUUACUAAGAUUAUACAGGCCUAUGUCACAGGAAAUGCUUUCGUUAUACUUACUGGCGCUGACACGAUCCUACAAACGAUAUACGACGACGACGACACUCAACUCGAGGCUAUCGCGCUAGACGAAGCCAGCGGGAAGAUUGCAACAUGCGCGGGUUCUAAUAUAAGGGUUUAUAAGCCAUACGGGCAGGAUGAAGGGGCGCUGAAGGUUAGCAUUGCACAACCUUAGCUUGCUGGCCUUUUUAGAAUGCGGCGCUGAACAAAUUUAGUGGUCUCUACAACAUAGCAUUUCAAUCGACGAGAGUGGGAAAGAUACAGCAAACACACUGUCAUGGGGAAUAGCGGAAGAACUGUUGGUGGGGAGCUCAUGGCUUACUUUAUUCUCGACAAUAGAUGCGCCGGUUGUAGUUUGGAAACAACAACUUGCGAACCCGGCCAAGUUCGCAAACUUCUCGUAUGAUUCGGCAUUCAUCGCGUCUAGUGGAAAGUACGAUAGGCUCGUGAAGAUAUGGAGGAGACUGUCGUUCGGGAAUGAUGACACAAGAUUCGACUUCACCUACCUACCGCAUCCGCGAACUGUCACAAAUAUGCACUGGAGAAGGCCGUUUCACAUCGACCAAACAAUUGAUAAUGUUCUGUAUACGGUGUGUGCGGACAAUGUUCUGAGGAUCUGGGCGCCGAGCGAUGUUCAUUCAUUACAAAGUCUACAGCUGUGGGGUCAGAUCGACUUACAUGAAUCCAUACAACCGAGAGGAUUGGACGGGAACAGGGCGUCGAAGCUAAGGUUUGCAUUUAUCAUCGAUGGAAAAGAUUUUACGGUUGCUACAGAACAUGCAGUACAGGAGAGGGCAGCGACCGACUCGGAGGAUGACCAUGCCCUAGCGCAUUUGAUCGAGGUUGCGAAUCGUAAUCCGGAAAUUUGCGUUGUACUGGAUGAACAUGGGCAUCUAUCUGCAUGGGGCCUGGAAAAUGUUGGGUCUAAAAUAAAGCAACAGACGAAUAUUUUUAACAUUGCACAUAUUGAUGGUGUGGAAUUGUCUUUCCCAACGGAACUGGCCGAUGAUACAAGCUAUGUUCAGCUCUAUAAUUUCUGCAACCAGUCUGGCGGGAAUCUCAAUGUUCUAGUCCAUCAUUUUGAUGGUAAAAUUGAGUUUUUUGAGACCAAUGUAGCCAAUUUGUUUGAUUCUUCACCAAGAACGCAUCGCCUCAUAUCGAAAGCACUGUGGACGGGCCAUUCAGGUCCUGUCAAGAAAAUUGUGCGUAAUGUUAGUGGACGAGCAGUAGUAUCUCGCACAGAUGGCAAUGAAAGUAUAGUUUGGAAGCAUAUGGAACACGCGGGUGGAACCUCAGUAUUUCGUCAAAGCAUUAUCUCACAAACUGAGCACGUCCAUAGGAUAUGUGUUAUGAGAAAGGGAAAAUUCGUGAUAUAUUUACAUCACGAUCAUAUUACCCUGUGGGAUACGAGACAUCCCGCGGCGGUCAAACUAGCAGACUGUAAAUUUUCUGUCAUGGGGAAGCCAUUGUGCAUACUCAUGCUACCUGAAGUCAAUAAGGAGGGUCCUGUCGCUCAUGUCGCUACAAUUACUUCGAAGAUGAAAGGUAUUGUUUGGGAGGUCCAGCUGCCUCAAAGAAGGGGAAGUCUUCAGAUCAAUGGGGACCACCAAGAGGCUUCCAUUCGUGAAUUCUGUAAAUUUGACCUUGGAGAUAAUGACGAUCUAGCAUAUGUUUUACCAGUAGAUCCAGCUGGAUCUCCUCCUGUCAUCUCCGGAUUUUUGGACACUUUUGCGAGAGAUAUUGCUAUCUCCUAUACUUAUUCUGGACUUUUAAGGUCUUGGACCGCCCGGAUUGACUUCGAAAAGGAAAAGGUUGAUUGGCUACAGACUUGUUCGGUAGACACAGGUAUCAGCGAGCCUGCUUUAGCUAGUGGAAGCUCUAUACGGAAAGCUGCACUCGUGAACUCAACUAGAUCUGAGUUAACAAUAUGGGACGUCCGAGGUGCCCGCCUUGAGUAUUCUCAGGACUAUGAAUCCCAGGAUACAAUCCAGGAUCUGGAUUGGACUUCAACUCCAGACGACCAAUCUAUUCUUGCUGUAGGCUUUCGUUAUCGAGUUGUAUUAUUAGCUCAAAUGCGAUACGAUUAUUUGGAUAAAGGACCAGCAUGGGCAACAAUUCGAGAAGUUAAUAUUCGAGAUUUGACACCCCACCCAAUUGGUGAUUCAACCUGGUUAGGAGGUGGUAACUUCAUCGUUGGGGCAGGUAAUCAGUUGUUCGUUUAUGAUAAGGAGGUCGACUCUUCAGCAUCAAUAGUUUUACCUUACCGCAAAACUCCUUGGGACCUCUUCGACAUCGUUUCUAGACUAAAUGGCCCGCUUCCGGUUUAUCAUCCACAAUUCUUGAGCCAAUACAUACUUGCCGGCAAGAAUUUAUUAGUGCAGCAUAUUUUGUUAGCACUAUACAAGGUCCUUAAAUAUUACAUUGAGGGUGAAGCAAUCGACUCGCACCUCGGAAUGAACAUAGAAGAUUUCUACAUUAGCUCAGACAAUGUAUCUUCAGCUAGUAAAGGAAUUAGAUCUGCAUUUGAUGGCAUUUCCGACUAUGACGAUGUGGAGACAGUUACGGAAGACGUUGCUGCUUCCAUAACCGAGAGAUUGACGCAGAUUGCGCUGCCUCAGCUUUCGAGACAGGAACAAAUUCACCUGGCUGAUAUUGUUGAAUGUGUCGGUAUUGUUGAACGCCAGCGUAGAUCUAUGGAUGACAAUGCUGCAAGAUUUAUGCUAUUCUUUAGGCAGCAUGUCUUGCGUCGUGGUCGUGCCAAUGAACUUAGUCUGUCUUGGAGAGAGAUUAAUUGGGCAUACCAUAGUAAUAGUCAGGAUAUCCUGGCAGAUAUGGUCUCACGACAAUUCCAUGGAAGGAUGCUUUGGGAACAUGCACGGGAGAGUGGUAUCUUUAUGUGGAUGACGGAUGCAAAUGCUCUGGUAUGUAGUUAUUUUGUAUUGAAAUUUGAGGAAGCUAACAAAGAACAGAAAGCUCAAUUUGAAGUCAUUGCGCGGAAUGAAUACACAAAGAGCGAUCUUAAAAACCCUAUAGAUUGCAGUUUGUAUUAUCUUGCGCUGAAGAAAAAGGCGGUACUUCAAGGUCUAUGGCGCAUGGCUGCGUGGAAUCGUGAACAAGGGGCUACGUCAAGACUCCUAGCGAAUAAUUUUUCCGAAAAGAAGUGGCGGACUGCUGCAAUGAAGAAUGCCUAUGCUUUGCUUGGGAAGCGUCGAUUUGGUGAGUAAUGCUUUGCUGGUCUUAUUUGAUCCAUGCUAACCAUGUUUAGAAUAUGCUGCGGCUUUCUUCUUAUUGGCAGAUUGUCUCAAAGAUGCCAUCAAUGUGAUUCUGAGUCAACUCAAAGAUCUUCAACUUGCGAUAGCAGUCACCCGUGUAUAUGAGGGUGAGCACGGUCCUGUUCUCAAAGAACUUCUUGAAGAAAAGGUUCUACCGUUAGCUGCCCAGGAAGGUAACCGAUGGCUUGCAUCGUGGGCUUUCUGGAUGCUGCAUCGUCGUGAUAUGGCUGUGCGAGCCUUGAUCGUAAGAAUCCGUACAAUUUAUUUGCCAGACUUGAUCCAAAUACUAACAAUAUCGUUCUAGUCGCCAGUUUAUACUCUUCUUGAAAGCCCACAAUCACCUGAUCUCCAAGCAAAACUUUUCCUAACCGAUGAUCCUGCUCUAGUUGUUCUUUACUCGCAGCUUCGUCAAAAGACCUUACAGACCCUACGUGGCGCAUCCAAAGUCACUCCAAAGGUCGAAUGGGCGUUCGUAUUGCACAAUUCAAGACUAUAUGAUCGCAUGGGUUGUGAUUUAUUGGCAUUAGAUUUGGUGAGGAAUUGGGAGUUCAUGCUCCCAACCAAACUAGACUUUAAGAGCUUCGAUGGAGAAAUAAAUCCCAGAAAGAUGUUGAGAAGAAGGAGCUCGCUAGUAGUAGCCGACUUGCCUAUUAGUGGAAUUGGACCUGCAGCCGCGGAUACAAAAGAAGCAAUAGCUAUACAUGGCCAAACUCAUAAGCCGCCACCAACUGUGUUCGAAGAACCGGAGGCUAAUAGUCUGUUGGAUAGUUUCGGUUUUUAGUCUUGAGGGUUCACAUUUUUCAUGGCGUUGUACUUUAGCUUUGUGUUGCAUACCCCUACCUGGUCUUGGGGUGAUAUUUUGGGCUUGGACAAUAAGGGACUUAUGGUAUAUCGUAAUGCAUAGCGUCUGGAUGGGGAAAUCCGGUGUUGUGAGUCUACGGUACCAGCGCACUGCUACCGGCCGGCCGGAUUUCACCCGGAAUUUUUAUCAAUACUAUUCUAUUCAAUCUUUAUUAAUAAAUUAACAUUUCAUUAUUUUGAUAUAAAAUUUUGAUAUAUUUGAG